CUUUACGCUGUGCAUUUCGAUACAAAAGUUUCUGCGUGGCUGUCUGGCUGUCCCGCUCCAGCCCACUUCACAAUUUGCGGACUAUCCGCCAUGUCUAUCACGCCUAUCCAUUCGCGUAUAGCGCUCUCCCUCCUGGUGCUCAUAGCACUCGGUGCAGCGUUGCUUCCUACUGCGCUAGCUGCCAACAGCAAUAGCGGCAGCGGCGGCAGUGGCAGUGGCAGCGACGACGACGAUGGUGUGCCGAGUCUGUCCGAAAUGGACACCUACGACGCGCUGGCCAUCGCCUUCAUGGUAAUCGGACUGGCCGUGUCGUCCGCCGGUGGUGUGGGCGGCGGUGUCAUUAUGGUUCCGGCCAUGGUGCUCAUCAUGGGCUUCGACAUUAAACGCGCGACACCCAUUUCUAACGUGGCCAUCCUUGGUGGUGCCGUCGCCAAUGCGUGGUUUAACAUGCGCAAGCGCCACCCGAACGUCAAUCGACCGUUAAUUGACCCGGAGUUGGCUUUGGGCAUGAUCCCCGUCGUGAUUGGCGGUACAGUCUUGGGCGCCUUGAUCAACAAGCUCAUUCCGAGCUACGUGCUGUCGCUGUUGUUCGUCGUGGUGCUCAUCGUGGGCGGGUCGCGCACGAUGAAGAAGGGUAUCCGUUUGCACAAGAAGGAGGUUGCUGCGAGGAAAGAAGCCGAGGCUGCCUCCGGCGAAGUGACGACCGAUAUCCCCGCCAGUCCUGGCGCCUACGUCCAGGUCAGCACACCGCAGAUCUCCGGUAACGACGCGGAAGAGAAGCGGUUGAGCGUGUCGGUGACUGGCGGCGAUGCUGCUCCAUUGAAAUCAAUUGCAGGUGAUCAUGCAACCUCUGAUUCACUAGUCCAGAUCUUGGAGAGGGAACGACACUUUGCCUGGGGCCCGCACAUCGCCAUUAUGGUCUGCUACCUCGGUGUUGUGGCCGCCAGUAUUGGAGACGCGUCAGUGGACUGCGGAGGUGUUGCCUACUGGGUGAUCCUGCUGAUCGAGAUUCCGUGGGUCGCCGUGUUCGUCGUCUUCACGUCGCACUACCUGCACAAGGUGUACCUCCGCAAGAGUGCGGCCAACUACCAGUACGUGGACGGAGACAUUAAAUGGACGAAGAAGAUGGUGGUGUAUUUCCCCCUGGGCUGCGCAGUCGCCGGUAUCGUCGCGGGCAUGUUUGGCGUUGGUGGUGGUAUCAUUACGGGUCCUAUUAUGAUCGAACUGGGCAUCGUGCCGGAGGUCGCUUCCUCCACGACGGCGCUAAUGAUUCUGUAUUCAUCUGCUGCCGCUACUGCAAAAUUUGCUGUAUUCAAGAUGGUCGCAUGGGACUGGGCAUUGCUCCUGUGCGCGGUGGCAUUUGUGGUGACUUCUGCGUCGCAAGUGGUGAUCCUGGGCUUCGUUCGCCGCACAGGCCGACAGUCCAUUAUCGUAUUGUGCAUCGCUACGGCCGUGCUCAUCGGAGGCGUCAUUAUGACGUACCAGGCAAUCAAGACCACGGUCGACGAUGCUGGUGAUCACUUCUCCGCGGACAUUUGCAGCUAGAACGUGUAUGCGCACAAGUUCCAAGUGUCCUGUACUGAGAGCAAUACAAUUAAUAAUGAAAGGCGCAAUUUUCGUUUUGUUGCGAUGAAAUGCAAGAUGCGUGCGAUAGUUUCUGCACUAGGCGAUAGUGCUGCUACUCGCGUGCAAACGAACGCUAGUUGAAACUGUGCAAGCUUCGUCUCGCCGUUGGCGCCAACUCCGCGUCAAAGGGGCGACGAGAGUUGAAGUUAUCCUCCAACGGCGGAAAACUGGGACAGCUAGCGAAUAAUGGGAUCUAUUCCUGCUGUAUAUAUCUAAGAAAAAGGACGUUUUCAAGUUCACCGGC